AUGUCGGAUAAUUCCUCGUCUUCUUCAAAUGAAGAUGAAGUAAUUUAUGAUCGAUAUAGUAGUAUGGGUAUUUAUACAGUCUUACAACUCGAAGAAACACAUGACGCCUUUGCAACGGCUUUAUUAUGCUUCGGAGAUGCGGCACUCUUUGCUGUCGCUUUGUGGGUGUUCCCCUUAACGUUCGAGCUUUCGAAUAUUGCAGCCAAGUCGAUGGAUCGAGGUGCUGAGAAAGAGAAGAAACAGAUCACGUUUUACGGUUGGACAGGACAUGGCCUUAUGCUAGUUUUUGCAGGGAUCGAAGCGGCUUUUGCGAUUGUAUACCAAGGAUAUACGCAGUACACUCAACGAUGUCUACUAGGUGUAUACUUUGUGCAGGUUUUUAGCUUUCUGUACAUGAUUUGGCUCAUUGCUAGGCUCAAAAUUGGAGGUAGAAAAUACGAAAAUGUACAGGGACAGUUUGUCACGUCGCCAGUAUAUCAGAGACUCAAGCGGAUUAUGAUCGUCUACGCGUUGUUCUCAAUGCAGUUUCAAUUAGCUUCCGUGGCCAUGUAUGCUUUCACAGAGCACGAAGAAAAGCUACUGGACUUUAUCAGCGUCAGCUUAUUAAUCUAUCAUCUUUCGGGCAUGGCGCUUGCGGUAACUACCAUGUGUAGCCAAGCGUGCGUACUCAACAUGUUUCGACCAUGUCUGCCUGACCACAUUGAAGCUCAAGUGCAGACAAGGUUUAUGCAGGGAGGUGACCUUUUGUCUCCACGAGACACACAGGUGCUAAUAGAGUCGGCAGAGCCACCUCUUGUCAAUCCGGUAUUCGUAUUCACAGAUAUCGAGUCAUCGAGCGCCCUUUGGGCUAUUGGCGACGGGCUGGUAAUGCAACGAGCAACAGAAAUCCACGAUAACAUUCUCCGCGCAUCUUUGAUGAAAUAUCGAGGAUAUGAAAUAACGACGGCGGGGGACGCCUUCCAGCUUGCGUUCCACACUGUUCGUGAAGCUGUAGAGUAUUGUCUAGAUGUUCAGCUUCAGCUCUUAGUCGCGAACUGGCCCAAGGAGCUCCAUGGCAUGCUGCCUGUGACAAGGAGACAACGUGUAGGUCACCGCCUCAUUUUCGGAGGCUUACGCGUACGCAUGGGUAUUCAUGACGCCGUGGACGCCGAUGGUGCCUUGAUCCUGGAUGUACACGCCGUGACGGGUAAGAUGAUAUACACUGGUGCAUCCGAAGUCAUUGCUAACGAGAUUGGUGACUUGGGUGACGGUGGGCAAAUUUUGGUGACCAAGCGUGUGGCUGACUGGCUGGUAAUGUACGAAGAUCUAGUGGCGAUCGACUUUAUCGUCGAUAGAGUGGGCGAAUAUUCGAUCCCGCAGAUUAAGGCGAAGCUGGAGGUAUACCAGGUGUUACCCGAGGUGCUUAGCGGCCGCAAAAAGAUGUUUUCAUCGACGCUCAAAAAGCGGCGUGCCACUACAGCCUCGUCACUGUACUCGAUCGCAUCGAGCAACCGUUCGCGCCUCUCGAGCAAUGGUGGACCGAUCACAAUUCCAGAGCAACGGCGAAGAAUGUCGCGUCCGCAGGCUUUGGUACCACCUCCAGAUUUUACACCAGUGAUACAAGGCGGACUAAGUCGCUUUGAUCGUGUGCAGCGAUCGUUUUUGCGAAUGGAUCACGGCUCGUUUUACACCCGUGCCACCAGCAUGUAG